GACAAACUACGCUACUAAGCGAAAAUGGCUGACUCCUUGGUCUGGAAUCUUUCUAUACCCACUUUCCCGCUUUUCCGAUUGUCUGCAAAGGAGAUUUGUCACGGGGAACUCUCCUCUCGAUUCGGUUGACUCGGGAAAAAGUCCAAAUCCGGCCGUCAUGCUUUGCUCGGCAUGAACUAUCGACGAAAACAGGUCUCUGUCUCUGUCUCUGUCUCUGCUUUUGCGGUAGAUCUUGUAUUCUACUAGGCAGAGCCCACUGCACUCGAUCGAAGUCGCUCGAUAGCUUUCUACUUAGUUCAAGCUCUGCGCAAUGUGAAAGCAUUUCAAGUCAACCUGAUCAUUCGAUCUCAAGAUGGGCCAUUCUGACUACAAACGUGAUCCCGAAUCGCUUCGUGAUGUUGCGUCCAAACGCCCCUGGUGGACGCCCUUCUCGUUGUGCCUCACUUUUCUGUGCCUUUGUCUGCUCAGAGUCACAAUAGUCCCUCACUGCUUCGGCCGAUGGUCGUUUAGCUGGAACAUACUAUCUCGACUUGGAAAGAAUAGUUCGCUCGCUCCCUUCUAUGCCUAUUCGGAAGGCUCGGGGGAAUUCGACAAGCCGCAGGGCUUUGAUAUCGUUGCCUUGGUUCCGUUCCGCCAUUGGCAGCGCACCGAAAUCCUAAAUUGUUAUCUGCGAAACAAUCUCGUUUCCAACCAUGGUCUCGUUGACCAAGUCAUGUUCCUGCCCCAAACCAACGAUGCGAGGGGUCUGGAAUGGCUCGCAUCGAUAGUCGAGCAGAACCCCUCAUAUACCCUCGCGCAGGGAGAUCCCCGUUUGCAGCUGGAUCAGCUUAAGAAGGACACACUGUACAUUUGGAUCGAUGGCGACAUCGUGUUUCUAGAAGACCAUACAAUCUCGACGGUCGUCAAGACCAAGCUCGAACACCCCGAUCUGCCCUUGGUUUCGGCGAACGUCAUCAACGAAGCAGCCUUGGAGGCCCUCCAUAGUCAUGCCAGCGUCGCCUUGCCUUAUCUCCCGGAGCUGAGCCCCACGCAGUCAUCAUCCGAGAUCGAAAUGCACGAUUGGCGUGCCUCUCGUCUCCCGCCAUGGGAGGGGCCUAGUGACUUUACCAUAGAUAAGGGAUUCGCUCCACCCUUUACCAGCCACCGAUGGCUCCUUUCGGGCUGCUACAAUUACAGCCUCACUCCCAUCAGUAUGGCGAAGUACGCUCCGGAAGGACCUAGUAUGCACCACUGGACUGUCAACGCUCAGCAACAUUACUCUUUUCUGCACCACUUAGAGCUAAAUCAUCUCAAUCGGUACAAAUUCCCCACGUGGAGUGUACCAUCAACAAAAAUCAGCCUGAACUUCCUUUGCUUCUGGGGGAGUGUCGCAACGAAUCGUUUGCUCAAGGAGUUCGAUAGCAUGACAUUUUUGAAGCCUCUCGCAGACGACCAAGCAGGAGAAAAUAGCAUAAUUGAUGGGAAAGGAUUGGCUGUACACUACUCAAGCAGCCAGGGUCUGGAGGGUCUAGAUUCUACUGAUUUGCUCAAACGAUAUCAAUCGUUUGCAGAAGAAGCUAUUUGUAAAGGCAUGUAGGCUCUCUGUGGCCGGGAUCCAACUAGAGCAGCACCAUGAGUGUUCUAUUUAGAAAUUAUUGGUGGACUGAAAUGCACAUUUU